AUGAGUUGGGAUCGGUAUGCAGAUGCAGAGAGGAGAGCAAAAGAGUGGGACACAAAACUCAAGAGAAGCAUGACUGGGAGCAUAAAGAGGGCAUCGUGUGUAUCCCUCACUGAGUGUCUGAAAAGGAAUAACUAUGGUAGAGUGCUCCAAGAAAUCGUGCUCCGAAAGGCUGAAUUUUCGCCACGAGUACCUGACGCAGUGCUGGAAAGCACUGGAGGUGAAUUCAACUUUGGCCCGCUGAGUGCGCCAACUUCUACACUUUCGAAGAAACUGGGAAAAGUGAAGAAUGCUCUCUCACAGUCGACGUCGGCUAUCCGAAACAACUUCAGUGGCAAAAAGCACAGUGGUGGCCGGAUCUCUCCCAAUGGACAACCGCAUUUGCCAACAGCCAACAACAGACUCCCGAACUCCUCCGGCCGCAAUGCAAAUUCGCAAGCCCCUCUUAAUGUUGUACCACCUGGUAAACAUUUAGCUCCACGUACAGGCAACAACGGAUUCAGUAUAGAUGACGAUGGAACUCACGAAGGUAUCCAUUCAGGAUUCAGACAGUUCCGCGAUGACCCCACUACCCCUGUACCCGUACGAGGUGGAUUCGCUGGUGGUCCGAUUUUGAAGCAACAUAGUAACAGCUUUUGUAGGCGCACACCUCCUAUGUAUAUCCCGAGAAGAAACUAUCCAUUGAGAGCGUGCUUCUACAACCCGUCUGGUUAUGCUUGCUGUAAUCGAACACUCAAUGAUGAAAUCGUAAGAACAUUCGAGACGCUGGUCGCAGAACCGGGCUUUAAUCUCUGCAACACGCAAAAGAUUGCCAACGCGCUGCAAACGAAUUGCGCUCGCAGGUUCAAAGUGAACUUUGAAGCAAUCGUCGGACUAGCUGAUUAUGCCCAACGUGUGAACUUCGGUCAAGACUUGCUUUCAGGAAAUGAGUGUUCCAGGUUCAUGCUCGUCUACGCAACUCCCACGCCUCCUGAGAGAGUAAAACGUGGUGAUGGAGCGAUAGUCGUCGAUGAGAACACAUUAAAACCAAUCGAUAGAUUUUCCUCAACUACUGCAAGGGCCCAUACCUAA